GGGGGCGUGGCCUCGAGCGCGGGGAGGGGCGGUCGGCCCCGCCCGCCCGCGCAUGCGCAGAAGCGGCGGCGGCGGCGGCGGCCGGACGGGAGCGGCACCGCGCGGCGGGGCAGCCAUGAUGGCGGACGGGCGCCGGCCGGGGGAGUCGGGCGGGAGCGAGGACGGCGCCUUCGAGGAGGAGGAGGAGGAAGAGGAGGAGGAGGAGGAGGAGGAGGAGGAGGAGGAAGAGGGGGCCUCCACCGGCGUCUCGGCGCUGCCGGAGGAGGAGGACGAGUCCGAAGCCACGUCGGUGUCGUCGGGGGAGAGCGGCCCCCCCCACCCCCCCCCGCCAACGGCUGCGCAGGUUCCCGGACCCGCGACCGCGCCCGUCGGGGGAGGAACCGCGGCCGUUACCGUCGCCGUUACCGGACGCCACGGGAGGAGGAGGAGGAGGAGGCGGGGGGGGGGACGGGGGACGGGGGAGGGGGCAGCCCCGGGGGGGGCGGGGCGGCGGGGCGGGGGGAUGGGUGGCCGAUUGGCCCCACCAGUGCCCCGAGUGCGGCCGAGGCUUCGGCACCUCGCGGGCGCUGAAGGUUCACCGCAGCUACCACGGGCGCAAGCGGCCCCAGGGACCCCCCGGGGGCGGGGCGGGGGGGGGGGAGGGGGCCGGCCGCCCCUCCCCCGCCGCCCCGCCCGCCGCCGUCGCCGCCCCCCCGCCCCCCGCCCCCCCGCCGUCGCCCUUCCAUUACAUCUGCGCCGAGUGCGGGCUGGGUUUCGGGGCGCCGGCGGCGCUGGGGGCUCACCGCUGCGAGCACGGGCGGCGGCGGCGGCGCAGCCCCCCGCCCCCCCUCCCCCGCCGGCGCCGCCCCUCCCCCCCCGCAGCGGCGGCCGCCCCCCCCCGCCCCCCGCCCCCCCCCCUACCGCUGCACCGAGUGCGCCGGAGCCUUCGGCCUCGUGGCCGACCUGCACGAGCACUACAUGCUGCACGCCCGCGGGGAGCUGUGAGGCGGGUGGGGGAGGGGCGGCCGAACGCGACCCCCCUCCCCCCACCCCCCACCCCGCGUCGGGGUCCCCACCCCCCACCCCGGGGAGCCCCCGCCCGGGCGGGGCGGAGGGGAAUAAAGACGGUGUGUUAGCGUGGAUUGGGGGGGGGGCGGCAUCAUUGGCUCGGGAUGGCGGCGGCGAGCGGGGCGGCGGCGGCGGGGCCGUGACGUCAGGGGUGGGCGGUGAUGUCAUCGGUCGGGGGGAUGACGUCAUUGGGAGGGAGGCGUCGUAG